AUGGGGCAGAGUUGUUAGAUGUAGCAUCAAACAAUUGAUCAAAACGAAAUUUAAUACAAAUUGGUGUUAAUCAAACCCAUUUCUCAUAGAAAUUAGAUAAAGAGACCGAUCUUUGAAAUCAAUUAAAUCAAUAGUAGAGAAGAAACUAUGGAUGAAAUCAACGAAUUAGAUGUAGAUACCAGAAAAUCUUAAAAGCAAACAAAUGGUUGUGCCUAAUAAUUCCAAUCUAGCUUCUAAUUUGGGGUUCAGCAACAGAAACAGAUUAUAAAAAACCAAAUAAAAUCCUUCGGCGGAGACAUAUCAUAAAUUUUCAAUAAGAAAAAAUAAAAAUUAAACUUGAGAACUUCAUAAGAAAGCAAGGAAGAAUAGAUUAAUAGAGAAUCAAAUAGAAAUGCCACAUUUAAUUGCGCUAGAAAUUGUGAAACAAGCCAAUCACCUCUUCAAUAGUGGAUCAAAAAUUAGAGUCCCACUUAUGAAUCUUUAAAAAGUGAAAUCAAGUCCAUUCGUUCAAUUAAUGGUCUAAAUCAAGAACAACAUAAAGCAGGAAUUUUGAGAGAGAAGAAAGUAAAGGCGAAAUCUUUAUAUUACAAAAGAACUGUGCGUUUUUAAUGCUGA